CCCCCCCCCACCAGGCUGCCGCUCGCUCUCCUCUGCUUGAUUCCAGUGGCUCUGCUUCGUUCGUCCCUGGCUAUCGAGCAGCACGGACAGCAGGGUAAGUGGCAUCAAGAACUCUCCCCUGCUUUGAGUUUGAGAUGAGAUCUCCCUGCUUGCCUUUUUCUUGCUCUGCUUUGCUGGGAUUUGAGCUCUCUUUGUUGUGCGGCGCUUUCCCUUAAUUGGGAUGGAAACCUACGCAUCGCUGGUCGGCUUUCUCUGGCGCAUGCAGCAACUAGUUGCAAGUCUCUUUGGCCGAAGGUGCUUCACUGGGUUCUGCUAGUAUUUUAGUUCGUGUGGUUUGAGUAGUUGCGUGGUUGAAGCAAGUAGGAGUAGGAGGAAUCAGUCCAUCACCAGGUUGUUCAAGAACCUUGUGGAGCUGGUGUGCAGUUCCGGCUUGGCUCGGCGCACUGUAUUGCAGAGUUGGGAGUAGAGGUGUGUUCUUGUCAUGGAGCCGCAGCAGCAGCAGCAGGAGGGUGCGGUUUCUGCUCCGGCGGCGGCUGCGAACGGGAGCGGGAGCGGGGAGCUGAUUGGGUACGUCGAUGUGCACGUGGGGAGCGCGCGGGAUAUCCAGAACAUCUGCAUCUACCACAAGCAGGACGUGUACGCGCGGGUCUCGCUGCCGGGGGAGGGCGCGGCGGUGGCUUCCACGCAGGUCGUCAACGGCGGCGGCCGCAACCCGGUGUUCGACCAGUCGCUGCGCCUCGGCGUGCGCCCCGGGGACGUGGACGCCGCGCUCCGGUGCGAGGUGUGGAUGUUGAGCCGGGUCAAGAACUACAUGCAGGACCAGCUGCUUGGGUUCGCGCUCGUGCCGCUCCCGGAGGUCGUCGCCGCCGACGGCGGCACGCUCGCCCGCGAGUUCCCGCUCACCACCAGCGACCUCUUCCAAACCCCCUCGGGGUUCUUGCAACUCGAGCUCUCCUACAUCGGGGUCGUGCCUGAGGUCGUGCCCAUCUCGCCGACGCCGAAGCCGGCGCUGGCCGACCCGGAGGAGGAGCCGGAGAACGCCGGCGCUGGGAACGGGAAGGAGUACGAGAAGAUCGAGUUCCCCGACCUGAAUCUCGUGGAGGAGAACCAGAUCAUGGUCUCGGAAUACACAGGGCUGCCGUGCACGGCCGUGGAGGCUCAGAGCUCCGAGAGCCUGCUGACCUCGGAGGACGGGGACGGCGCCACAACUGUGAACCACGACGCCGGCGUGCGCCUCGUGGAGAGCUUCUCGACGGACAACAGCACCGCCGACUCGGUGGGCGCCUUCCGGAGCGACACGCCGGUCAGCAGCGUCUCCACCACGGAGUCCCCUGCCGCGGCGGCGGUCCCGGCCACCCCUCAGUCCAACUCGGAGCCGUCCGGGAACGCCCACUCGUCAGCAGAGCACAAAGAGAAGGCGGCGUCGGAAGCCGCAGACACAGAGGUCGACUCGUCCCCCACCUUCCAGGAGAGCCUGGCGGUGAACUCCCCCGGCGUCGUGUCGGAGAACGCGGUGGACAAGCCGGUGAUCAGCGUCAACAUCGAGCAGGAGGUGAAGGUGGACCAGAACCAGAUCAUGGACAUGUACAUGAAGAGCAUGCAGCAGUUCACGGAGUCGCUGGCCAAGAUGAAGCUUCCCUUGGACAUGGACAACGGCAGCGAGAAGAGCGGCGGCACCGCGGCCGCCUCCGACGCUGCUUCUAGUGGUGCCGACUCGAGCGCGGUGAAGAAACCGACGGCCGGGCAGCAGGAGAAACCGUCUCCCAAGGUGUUCUACGGCAGCCGGGCAUUCUUCUAAUCUUGAUCGGCCGGAUCACCAGAAGUACCAGCAACCGGAAAUGAAGCAAAGAGAUGGCAUUUGCAGCCGUCUCAACUGAAUCUUAGUAGUGCACUAGUAAAGAGGAAUAACACGUUCUCAUGCUCUUGUUCUAGGUUUCUCAUCAGAUCGGAAAUUAGUUGCUCUGUAUUAAGGUAUCAGUCAGGACUUGUGAAAAAUGGUUUGGUUUCUUUGUUUCA